UUACACGAAAAUAACCCUUUGUUGCAACUAUAGCACAGACUGACCCUCCGGGCAAACUAUUUCACCCAUCUAACCCUUUUGUGUGGCGCCUCUCUCAUGGGCGCCACACAUGGCAGUGUGGCGCCCGUGUCUGCGGCGCCACUCUCCUAGCCGACGUGGCGCCCUCGACGCUGAGCUGGUGCGCCGAUCCGAUGUGGCAGGUUGUGUGGCGCCCAUGGGAGGGGCGCCACACUACUCUUUAUAUAUAAUGUCUGUCUAGAGAUAACAGAAGACUGUGGUAGCUCAAUUGGAUGAAGCUUUUGCUUCCCAAUCACAGGUCAUGAGUUCAAACCUCCUCACCACCUGAAUUUAUUUUUAUUUUAAAAAAUUAUGCUAGACAUUGUAGUAUGUUUAAAACAUGAAAUCUAGCCUCCUACUGUUUUGUAGAGUUUUUUUUAUCUUCUCUUGCUUGCAACAUUGCAGCGUUGUAUAUGUCAGUUAGUGGAGAUGCGUAUGGAGCGAAAGAGCCAAUCUUCUGCUACUACAAGAUUGCGCUGAUUCACUUGCUUCUUGUCUCUGCGACGUGCAGCACAACGCUAGCGGCCGCGGCUCCGGUGCGCUCGUUCCGGCGGAACCUGGCCUCCUCCUCGGCGUCCAAGCGGCCGCCCGCCGACCCACGCAACGGCGCCGACGACAAGACCGGCUACAAGGGCAUGUUCGUGAAGGUGAACAUGGACGGCGUCCCCAUCGGCCGCAAGGUGGACCUAAAGGCACAGGGCGACUACGGCAACCUCUCCGUCGCCGUCGACCGCCUCUUCCGGGACCUCCUCGCCGCUCAACGGGAUCAGAGGUCCUGCGCGGAGGGGAACCAGCCGUCGAUCACCGGACUGCUGGACGGCAGCGGUGUGUACAGACUGGUGUACGAGGACGACGAGGGCGACCAGAUGCUGGUCGGCGAUGUCCCAUGGGAUCGUUCUUGCAGCAUGUUCAUCGCCACGGCGAAGAGGCUGCGCGUGCCGCGGAGCUCGGAUCUUAAAGCUCCCUCGCUACGAGCGGCGCUGAGCCGGAAGAGGGGAGCAGCUGAUCAGUGCUGAGCUAUCUAUCUAUCUCCGUUUUAUUUUUGUACUCUUGGCUAAGCUCUGCUAGUAUCGAUCUGUAUAAAAUUUGCCAAUCACCUUGGGCUGUCAUCAUGUCACGUUGCUAUCAUGAAGUAGUAGACCAGACUUGUACUGUUAAGAUCAUGUAUCUAGCUGCAGUGCUGUAACUCGUAAGGUGUUGAUUUUUGGAACGGCAGGAAUGCCAAGUUUGGCUUUAUCGAUCGA